AAAUGUUCCCCUAGGUCUUUUAAGAUAUAAAGCCAUGGAGGGAUUUUUGUUGACAGGAUCUCUGACUUCCAACCAUCUGAGAACAUCGAGUUUCCCUUUCCUACCAUAAGCUGCUCACCUUCUUCCUCCGCAUCCCACAAGCAUCCACAAUCAUGGGUGUUCUAAAGGUUCUGCUCAAAGCGAUCCUCAUUCCCAUCGUGCUCCUCCUGGUCAUCUCGGUCGUUGUGGUCCUCCUCAUCAAAAGACACCGAAGCCGGAAGCAGAAAGAAAGGCAACUCGAGAAUGGGUUCCAGCCCCCGCCCAUUGUGCAAUGGGUUCCAAAUCAGGACUCCAUACAAAAGCCGCCGAUCGCCCAUACGUCUCACCUCCAACCGGCCGGCUAAGAGCAUUUCAGAAUAUCAUAGCACUGAGAUAGUAUGUGCACCAGAUUGCGUGUUCGUCUGUAUC